GUCUGCAGCCUGUGCUACAGGACAAGCGGAGCAGUAAGAAGUUGCAUUCGUUCAGGUCAUCAUACGUGCGCAUUCGUUCCGUUUGAGUUAGGCGCCUGUUAGCUGUAUAAUCGAUCGUGCACACCGGAGAGCACUCUCCCAAACGCCAUCCGUGCGACAUUGCGAGAACGCAUGGCUCGACACGUCGUCGCCGCGGCCCUCUGCUUCGCCGCUGCAUGGGCAUUGCUGCAUAACCAACGCACACGCAACCUACCACUGGCCAUCGCCGCGAAAAAGACGGUCUGGACCUUCGACGAGGCGCGCGACUACGCGCGGUCUUUCGGCUUCGGCUCCAAGGACGAGUACGUCGAGUACCGCUGCCCCGGCGCGUAUGCGCUACCUCGAAACCCGGUCGAGGCGUUUGGUGAGCGCUGGACGUCAUGGGAGGACUACCUCGGGCUUCGUACAGGUGUCGAUGAUGCGGAAGUCGUGACGCGGCCGGGCUUCGAGCAGGUGCUGUUCGUCGAGAUGGGCUGGGGCGCCGACCAGCACGGCCAGAACGCGACCAAGGCGUGCGUCCGCGCGGCUCGGAAUGCUAUCGAGUUUAACAGCAUCCCGUCGAUCCGCGCGGAGCCGGCGUCCUCGACUCGUCGACGCCGUCGCGCGCGUCGCGUCGAUAGCGUCGGGGGGGGGGGACGCCGUCGCCGCGUGUUGCGUCGACGGCGCCACACUGACCAUGCGAACGCAGGCGCGCUCGUGCCCAAUGGCUACGAGGGCAUGAAGCUGGCCGUGGACCUCGCCGUGCCGGAGGCGUACCACGAACAUAUCGACGUCGACGCCGUCGGGGCGGUCUUCCCCUACGGCGCCGUCUCAAUACGACUGCAGCCCGGCGGCGCGGAGUUCUCCUCGGGCAUCGCGAUCCCGGCCAUGGGUGAUAAAGGAGACGCGCUCGUCGUCGCGCUGUGCUGCGUGACCGUGGGCUACUGAUGUCGCCUCGCCAUUGGCUGCGGCGGUCGCGCUCGCACCACGAAAGGAGGCAAGAUGGAUCCGUCGCCCUCGACGCCAUCGCCGUAAUCUGUGUAUGUCUGUCCCCGAA